AAGUCAACAAAUCAAAUAAACAACUAAAAUAAAUAGAAAUCAUAUAAACUGUUUGCUAAAAUGAAUACCUAGCAUUUGGAUUUAAAGUUAAACAUACCAAAAUUUCUUCGACUUGUAGUCAUGGAAGGAUUCUGUAGAGGUUGUCUUAUAAAAUAUAAUGAACCUAUGGAGUUGCUGCAGUAUACUGAAAAGAAUAGAAGACUGUUUGUUUAUUCCACGGGUUUGCAGGUGAAAAGAAAUGAUACAUUCACAUUCCAGCUAUGUAAAGACUGCUUCCUAAACAUGAAGGCAGCUUGUAAGUUCAAGAAACUGUGUCGGACAUCAGAUAAACGCUUUAGGAACUACUUAGCAAUCAAAGAUGUUGGGGAUCCUCUGGACUUCUGUACAUUCCUUAAAAAUAGUGAUGACACUUUAACAUUCCGUCUUCCAAUGACAAGUGGGAGCAGUACACCAGCAAACCAAAAAUGCAGAGAUGAUGAUAACGAAUCAACAUGCACGAGUAUCCGUAACUUCAUGACGGAUAUCCUACAAGGCGAGGAGAUGCCGGACACUGAAGCGAGGAUCAUUAAAGAGGUUAUAGAAGAAGAAGCUGAUGUACUGGAUGACUCACUUGAUUCACACUGGUUGCAGGAUGAUAUGUCCAUUGAUACAGAUUUUAGACUGGAUUUUAGUUUCAGCCCGUUUUCAACACCGCGCACUGUUAACAAUGAUCGAUGUUAUACGCCCAAGAAGUAUGUAGAACAGAAGGAAGAACAAAUAAAUUUUUACUCUGUAAACACUGAAAAACAGUCCGAAAUAUUAAAAGAUUUUACAGAUGCUUUUAAAAAUAAUGAUGUAUUGAAAGGUUUUGAACUUGACAAAGUUAAUCAUAUAGAUAAAUCAGAACGUAAUGAAAAACAAAUAAAUGCUUUUGAUAUAGAUGAAAUUGAUGGUAAAUAUGAAGGAAAAAGUAAAAGUGAUGUCAAUAAUCACAAUAAUUUAAAGGAACUAUGCAAUUAUGGCUUAGACGAUAUUGACGGUGUCGGGAAAUCUGUUAAUAAUAGUGUGAAACAAAAUCAAAAGUUGAAAGAGCUAUUAGAUCUAAGCCUAGAUAAUAUUGACAGCAUUGACAAGCCAGAUAGCUGUACAAAUAAAACAAAUCAAAGUCUAGGAGAAUUAUGUGAUCUUAGUUUAAGUAAUUUUGAUGAUUCAGAAAGAUCUGAAAGUAAUACUUUCAAAGAUGAUCGCUGUAUUAAACAAUUAUCAGUUUUUGAAGAAAUCAAUGCCAUUGGGAAAUCAGUCAGAGGGUUAGAGUUGCCAAAUCUAAGUAUUUUAGAUAAGACCAAAAUAAGCGUAUGUCCAACUAAAGAUGUGAUUGGGUCUAUACAACCUGCUGAAAUAAGUAAUAGUAGCAUUAAUAUUGAAGCGUUAUUGAAAGACAAACCCUGUACAAUAGACAGAAAUUUAGAAGAGGCACUAAAGAAUACAGAUAAUAAAGAGUUUUCUUUGGAUGAUUUACUUGUUUCCCCACCAGUGUACCAACAGUCAGCUGCCUCCACGCCAACAAUUAAUAACAUAUUAUUUGGCGAGAAACUUGAUAUAGUCACCACUGACAAUAUAAAUCCGAAAAUUGGACAAUGUAUAGAAACAUAUGACAAUGUACAAGGUGAUAUAGAAAUAUUCGAAGAAUUCUUCCAGAAUGAUACAAAAGAAUUUGAUUUGGAUGAUAUCAAGAAAGGAAAUGGUGGUUUUAAAUCAGAAAUUGAUCAAGGAACUAUUGUUCUUGAAAAUGGUACUGUAGGUAAUAAGGAAAAUGAAAUAAUGAUGAUGGAUGUAGAUAUACCUGAUGUUAACAAAUUAUGUACUGAUAACAAAAACCAUAUUCCUGAAUCAACAACUGAGAAUACUUUAGGAGUAGUAUCUAGUACAACUGAAAAUCAAAUAUUUGAUAUAGAAACUACAUCAUGUAAUCUCUGCAACAAGCAAUUUCGAGAUGAAAGAUCUUUGUUUAUACAUUUAACGAAAAAACACAACAUGAAAGUGGAAAAACCUAAACAGAAACGAAAAAGAGCCAAUAAAACAAAAUUGUGCAAUAAAUGUGGGAAGGAAGUUAACGAUAGUAGUGCAAAUUACUCGAGGCACGUCAAAAAAUGUGGGGAAUCUAAACCAACAUUUAAAUGCAACCGUUGUUUGGAAGAAUUUAAGUCUGAAACUAAUCUAAAGAAGCAUAUGACGUCUCACACAAACAUGAAACCUUUGAAAAUACCUAGCAAGAACGACUACGUAUGUACCAUAUGUGGUACAAGCAUGAACAGGCUCAGCAAUUUCACUCUGCACAUGAGGCGACAUACUAAGGACUACUCAGCCACGUGUAAAGUAUGUGGCAAAGGUUUUUAUAGACAAUCUGAAUUGGUCACUCAUAUGAGACAACAUACCGGCGAAACUCCAUAUUCGUGCAGAUUCUGCCCGCGGUUAUUUACUCGUAAAGACGUCUUGACUAGACACGUCCUCAUACAUUUAAAUGAAAGAUUAUUCGAAUGCGACUAUUGUGGCUGGAAAUGCUUUAAAAAAUACGAUUUACGAAGACAUUUACAGUGUUGUAUGAGAAAGCGCGGCAAACUGCCUAGCGAAAAAAAUAUGGCGGAUGAUAAGAAAGAAAAUGAACAAAUUACUGUGAUAUAUACAACGGGUGACGAUACCGCGAUUAAAAAACAAUUGCCGUUCAUAGAAACUGAAUUGAGCAAUUAGGAAACGGAAAAUAAAUCAAUGUUAUGA